GUAACUAAAAGCAAAGUGAAAAGUAACAAAAAGUCGCUUGCUUCUUUUUGGUUUGGAUUCAGACCUCGUUUGGAUCUUUAGGUCUCUAGAUAGAUAGAGAGAGGGAGGGAGGAGGCGAGAGAUACGAUACGAUACCGACCGCCGCCGCCGCAAAUGGCGUCGCCGAUGUCUCCGAACGCCGACCCCGACGCCGAAUCCGACGCCGCCAACCCGAGCUCGACCGCCGAUUCCCCCAACGCAUUGGCCCCGAGCGGCUCCACCAGCCCCCCCGUCGUCUGCCUCCUCCGAUUCGCUGGCGACUCCGCCGCCGGCGCCUUCAUGGGCUCCAUCUUCGGCUACGGUGCUGGGUUGGUUAAGAAGAAGGGUUUCAAAGGAUCAUUUGCAGAGGCAGGAUCUUCUGCGAAGGCAUUUGCAGUCUUGUCUGGUGUGCACAGCUUGGUUGUAUGCUUUUUGAAAAGGCUGCGAGGAAAGGAUGAUGUAUUUAAUGCCGGAAUAGCUGGAUGUUGCACUGGUCUUGCUCUUAGUUUUCCAGGUGCACCACAGGCUCUGUUGCAGAGCUGCCUCACAUUUGGAGCGUUCUCAUUCAUUAUAGAGGGACUUAACAAGCAGCAGCCAGCAUUGGCAUAUCCAUAUGCCCAGAAAAAACGCAUUCAAAAUGAUUUGCCCACUCUUCCAGCUAUACCUCUGCCUCUCCCUCUCCCUGAUGAACUGAAGGGAGCAUUUUCUUCUUUCUGCGAGUCCUUGAGGAAGCCCAACAAGGGCAAAAGGUCUGUUGCUCACUGAUAAAUCCAGGGACGUGUUGGUAGCACCUGUUGAUGCUCCGGUUGUUUGUUGUGGCACUAAGUACUUUGUAAAUAUCGUAGUUGAGAUUUUCAAGGCGGUAUUUCAAUUGAAUUUUGAACUCUGAUGAUCUCCUGAAGAAAAUCAAUUGUGCCCUUGUCACUAGUAGAGUUAUUUCAUGAAA